UUUUUUGAUCACCAAAUCAAUUCAGAAACAGAACCAUAUAAUGUUUAUUUUUCAGGUGGUGUUGGUUGUGCAGCCACUCAAAUAGCCAAAUUACUAGUGAAAGAUGUCAAAGUAUUUGGAGUUGGCUCAAAAGUGAAAGAAAAUCAGGCUUUACAAAAUGGAGUCGAUGUAUUUUUUUCCAGGGAAACAUUUUUUGAAGACGUGACAAAAUACAAAUUUGAUGUUAUCCUUACAAAUGAAGCAGGUUCAACAUUCAGUUUUCUGCAGGCGUGUCUCAAACCUUUAGGCAGGAUUUAUAUUUCAGGAGCAAAUGAAGUUGUGCAGAACGAACACAGGCUCUCAACAUUCACUCUACUGAAAAUGUGGUGGAAUACAAAGUACAUUAUCCCCUCGUCCCUAAUUGAAAAUAAUAGAGUGGUGGCCGGUUUGCAUUUAGGAACACUAUUGGAACAAAAUCGCACUAAAAUUGAAGCUGUUCUUGAUAUUAUAUGGGAUAAUAUUAGGGAAGGCAAACUUAAACCUAUUAUAGAUUCCGUAUGGCCCAUGGAUGACAUAAUAACUGCCACCAAACAAUUAGCUGAGCGGAAAAAUGUGGGAAAAGUUAUCAUUGAAAUUGAAAACUUAGGUCUAAUUAACGUGAAAAAUGUCUUUUAUUGUGCAAAACGUGGGAGAAAGUUCUUAUUUAAAUCACAGUAAUCAAAAAUCUUUUUUGAUUAAAAAAUGGCGUUUUUAAAGAGUAAUAAAUAAUAUAUAGUUC